UUAUUUUAUAAAGUGACAUUUUGAAUCUGAGCUAUAUUAUGCCAAACAUUUAUGUAUUGGUGGGCUUUUCUGACAUGUGUGAUGUUGAAAAGAAAGCAGAUUAGGUGCUGAUAAUAUGUAGACCAAGAAAUCAUAGCUUAAGAAACUGAGGUGAGCUAAGAGGCCAGGAUUUCGUUUCCUCAGUGGUUAGUUUUUAAACUUGGAAAAGAUCUGAGGCGUCAUGGAAUCCAAGUUUAGGGUACACGGUCCAGCAGAAGCCCUGUGAGUAAUUUGAUCAGAGUCGCCGCCUCUUAUCUGGGGUGUAGGUAAAAAUUGUGGGUCUGAGGGUGGUGAAAGUAGUGACAGUCCCAUGAUUGUCUGUUUGGAAAGGAGUUUCUCAAACUUUGAGAGAUACAGUGCGACCAACCAAGGCAGACCCUUCGAAAUACAGGGUGAUGCAAAGUGCCCUAGAAUAUCUCAUCUGCCAAGUUAAAGCGCAGAUUGAUUGGUGUGUGACUAAUGUGGAGGUCCUCUUAGUCAUUUAUCCAUCAGGCACUUAAAAAUUUAUUUUUAUUGGGGUAACAUCAGUUCAUAAUGCCGCGCAGGCUUCAGAUGGACAGAAGCUGCACACACCACGCCACGCCGCUGCCAGCAUUCCAUUGGCCCCCUGCACCAGCUCCCUACCCCCACCCCCGACAUUGUCCGCUCAAAGUCCUAAGGGUUUGUUUUUGUUUUGUUUUCAGUGCAGGCAUUUUCUGACUGACUGCCACACUGUGGGCGCUUUGCUGGAUGUUGGGGCUACAGAUAGGAACAAAACCUAUCCCUGCACUCGUGUGUCUGGUACUACUGAACAGGACCGGAGAGAAUGCUUUCUGUUUUGCGAUUGCUCCCAAAAGAAAAAAAUUCACUGUUACCAUGUUAGUUAGUGACCUGCUGGUUUUAUGACUCACACAUCAUUGCUGUUUAUUUGCCUUCAUCUUUCUAAGGAACACAGAAAACCAGGAUCUGGUCAUACCACUAAACUAGCUGUGUUCUCGGGCAGGGACUGUGUGAAGGAAAGCAUCUGAGAGUCAGCCUUAGACGUAGGUCUGUCAGAAGAGGUUUCUGAGACAGCGCUGUUCCUCCAGGGCUCCCACCUUUGACCUGUCCAAAGGCAGGGUCGGUGGGUGCGGUAGGGCAGGUUGGCCCUGGUAACUGUUAAACAACUCCUAUUCUGCAGAGAACCGUAGUUCUGUCUGAGGCUGCACAAUUUGAUUAGUGAUUGUUCUUCCCUCCCUUAUUGCUUCCUCAGCUUCAGGGGAAUGUGUGUGUGUCAGACUGGCACCGGGACGCAGUUUCUGCCAAAACCAAGACUGAAAGACAGGUGGAGGCCUGAAUUUUGAUCUAUGUCCUCCCUACAUCAACUGCCUGAAAGUGCUUAAUGGUCACAUGACCCUGGACAUGGAUGCUGUCCUGUCGGAUUUUGUCCGUUCCACAGGGGCAGAGCCAGGGCUGGCCCGCGAUCUCCUGGAAGGAAAGAAUUGGGAUGUGAGCGCUGCCCUUAGUGAUUUUGAACAGUUACGUCAAGUCCAUGCUGGGAAUCUGCCCCCACCCUUUGGUGAAGGGAGUGGUGGCUCCAGGACCCCUGAAAAAGGGUUUUGUGAUAGAGAAUCUACCCGCCCUCUCCGGCCCCCUCUACAACGGCAGGAUGACGUCAUUCAAGAAAAACGACUGUCUAGGGGCAUCUCCCACGCCAGUUCCAGCAUUGUCUCCCUGGCCCGGUCCCAUGUCUCCUCCAAUGGUGGGGGUGGGGGGAGCAGUGAGCACCCCCUGGAAAUGCCCAUCUGUGCCUUCCAGCUUCCAGAUCUCACUGUGUACAAUGAAGACUUCCGCAGCUUCAUAGAGAGAGACCUCAUUGAACAAUCCAUGCUGGUUGCCUUGGAACAGGCAGGACGUUUGAACUGGUGGGUGAGUGUGGACCCCACAUGUCAGAGGCUGCUUCCUUUGGCAACCACUGGGGAUGGAAAUUGCCUCUUGCAUGCAGCCUCUCUUGGGAUGUGGGGUUUCCAUGACCGGGACUUGGUGUUGCGGAAAGCUUUGUAUGCACUGAUGGAGAAGGGGGCCGAGAAGGAAGCACUGAAGCGGCGCUGGAGGUGGCAGCAAACACAGCAGAAUAAAGAGUCAGGACUGGUAUACACAGAGGAUGAGUGGCAGAAGGAGUGGAAUGAGCUGAUCAAGCUUGCCUCAAGUGAGCCCCGAAUGCAUCUAGGUACCAAUGGAACCAACUGUGGUGGGGCGGAGAGUUCAGAAGAGCCUGUCUACGAGAGCCUGGAGGAGUUCCACGUCUUUGUCCUGGCCCACGUGCUCAGGAGGCCCAUUGUCGUGGUGGCAGACACCAUGCUGAGGGACUCUGGCGGGGAAGCGUUCGCCCCUAUUCCCUUUGGGGGCAUCUAUCUGCCCUUGGAAGUCCCAGUGAGCCAGUGUCUCCACUCCCCUCUGGUGCUUGCCUACGACCAGGCCCACUUUUCUGCACUCGUGUCCAUGGAGCAGAAAGAGAACGCCAAGGAGCAAGCUGUGAUCCCACUUAUGGACUCAGAGCAUAAGCUGCUGCCCUUGCACUUCGCGGUGGACCCUGGGAAGGGCUGGGAGUGGGGCAAAGAUGACGAUGACAACGUCCGGUUGGCCAGUGUUAUUCUGUCCCUGGAGGUCAAAUUGCAUCUGCUGCAUGGCUACAUGGAUGUCAAGUGGAUCCCAGUGUCCUCUGAUGCCCAGGCCCCCCUGGCCCAGCCCGAGUCCCCUACAGCUUCAGCUGGGGAUGAACCUCGCUCCACUCCUGAGUCUGGGGAGUCAGACAAGGAGUCUGUUGGCAGCAGUUCCACCAGCAAUGAGAGCAGCAAGCGGAAAGAAAAGUCAAAGCGAGAGCGGGAGAAGGACAAAAAGAGAGCAGACUCUGUGGCUAACAAACUGGGGAGCUUUGGCAAAACCUUGGGCAGCAAGCUCAAGAAGAACAUGGGCGGCCUGAUGCACAGCAAGGGGUCUAAGCCCGGAGGGAUGGGCGCGGGGUCGGGGGUGAGCAGUGGCACUGAGACACUGGAGAAGAAGAAGAAAAACGCCCUGAAGAGCUGGAAGGGUGGCAAGGAGGAGGCAGCCGGGGACGGGCCCGUGUCUGAGAAGCCCGCGGCGGAGUCUGUUGGCAAUGGAGGGAGCAAGUACAGCCAGGAGGUGAUGCAGAGCCUGAGCAUCAUGCGGAUCGCCAUGCAGGGGGAGGGGCGCUUCAUCUUCGUGGGCGCCCUGAGGAUGGGGCUCCGCCAGCAGUACCAGGAGGACAUGAUCCAGCGCUACCUCUCGGAUGCGGAGGAGCGGUUCCUGGCAGAGCAGAAGCAGAAGGAGGCGGAGAGGAAGGUCCUGAAUGGAGGGAUGGGGGGUGGGCCUCCUCCAGCCAAGAAGCCAGAGCCAGAUGGUGGAGAGGAGCUGCCCCCCCCAGCAGAGUCCAAGGCGGUGGCGUUCUCUGCUGGCUACCCUGGGGGCUUUACGAUCCCAAGGCCUUCUGGGGGUGGGGUCCACUGCCAAGAGCCCCGGAGGCAGUUGGCAGGGGGCCCGUGUGUGGGGGGCCUACCACCAUAUGCCACCUUCCCCAGACAGUGUCCUCCUGGGCGACCCUACCCCCAUCAGGACCACAGCCCUUCCCUGGAGCCAGGCAGUCACUCCAAGGAUGGGGUUCCCAGGGGUGCAUUGUUACCGCCCCCCUUCCGCGUGGCUGAUUCCUAUAGCAACGGCUACAGAGAGCCCCCUGAGCCAGAUGGAUGGGCCGGGGGUCCCCGGGGGCUUCCCCCAACCCAGACCAAAUGCAAACAACCGAACUGCAGUUUCUAUGGACACCCUGAGACGAACAACUUCUGCUCCUGCUGCUACAGGGAAGAACUGAGAAGGCGGGAACGGGAGCCAAGUGGGGAGCUCCUGGUGCACAGGUUCUGAAUGGGGGGACCUUGGAGGGCAAGGGGGUGAAACAAAGAAAGUUAAGCUCAACUAAUUGGCUCAUCAGCCCCAGCCCCGAUUUGGGGGCAAGUGCUGUAAUGUUUGUGGAAGCCUGACUACAGGCCUGAGGUGUGCGUGCGCAGGCGGCCGGGUGGCAGAGCAGGUCAGGGCUGGAUGGCGCCUGGGGACUGUUCUAGUCCUUCUCAGAUCUUGGCUUGAUGGGAACGAGGAGGUUCCAGUGGGGAAUAACAGUGAUGCUGCUUCAUAACCCCUUGGGUCCCUCCGUCCCACGGCCUGCGGGGAAGUUGUAGGGGAAGGAAGGCUUGGGGUCUAGGGGUGGGGAGGUGGGCAGAAGUCUGGGCCUGGUUCUCAAUAAAAAACAGACCAAAGUUUUUAGGUUGGAAAAAAGCACACAGUGGCAGAGUUGGGGGUGUAGAGGGAGACUGGGAAAUUAGACAUUGGCAGUUGAUCUGAAUUAAGAUUGAAAUUGGUUGGGUAGAUUCUUCCUCCUGAAGGAUCUGGAAAGACAGGGCGGUAAAGUAUGCUCGUGGGUGCUCACGAGGACGGGAGCUGAAAUUGGUUUAUUGAAAAAAUCCUUGAUGAAUAAAAAAACAGACUGGGUGAGGGAAGUAACGCUGAAGGGAGGAACUUAAGAGGGGGAAUCCUUUCCUCUCGAGAUUGAUUUCCUCUGCGCAGCCGUCUGUCCCCUGUUCUGAUCGCAGUGGAGCUCGCUGGCUGCCCCUGUGUCUUCCUUGUCCUUUUUGAGGACUGGACUUCACUAAGUUACGAUUAUUUUUAAGACUUUAACUUUAUUUAAAAAGAACGUUCCCCCUGGGGAGGGGCAGAGUGAUGAAGCAGGUGAGCUGAUGUGAGGGUGGCCCCUUGUUUCCCCCCCCCUUUUUUUUUAAAGAUUUAUUCAUGCAUACAAGAACCGGGGUACAGGCCAGAUGUGCGGGAGGGUGCGAGGAUCCACCAGACAUAGAGUGGGGAACAGAACAGGCAGACUGACUGAAAUACACGUUGAGGGGAGCAGCGGGCGAGACAGGAGCGGUCACGCCGCGCCUGGAUCGGGAUCGAACCCGUGCUGCAGAGGCUGCGACAGCUUCACAGCACUGCGCUCAACUGCCUGCGCCACCAGGGGGGCCCCUUUUUUUCUUUUAAUGACUUAGCAAUAACCACACCUUGAGGUUUGUGUGUCUUGGGAGGGGUAGCAGAAGGACAGACCUUUGGCCAGACUGUUUGAAACCAAACCAAAAACCUAAGUAGAACACCACCAUCCUCUGCUGCUGCGUUUCUGUAGAAAGCAACUUAUUUUUUGACUAUUUUUUUAAGUAAAGGAAACAAUGAAAAUACCCCAGCAAGCAAAAACGUUUCGAAAAGUGAUUUUUUUGGUCUAUUUAAGUGAUUUCUUCCUCCUUCCUCUCUACGUAGAGAAUGAACUUUACAUCCCGGCUUCUUUUGUUAAGCCAUAGCUGACCUUAAUCUGUGGUUAGUUUAUUAAAAUAAUGAAAAUUCUUUGUAAGAAGAGCUAUUUUUGAUAAUAGGAAUGAUGUUGAAACAUGGGUAGGGAUUGGGGCAAUUUAUAAAAAGGUAGCUAGAGAAAUAUAUUUUAGUGAACUGUAACCACAGAUCACAGAUUAGUCCCAAUCAGCUGAUCUGUCUUCGGGAUCCCCCUUACCCCAACCCAACCGUUUUCUCCAGGGGUGGGAGGGGGCCUGUGGACACAGUUGGGGGAGCUCCCCUGCGUUUUGCACAAAGCACAAGUCUGGACCGCCUGCGCCCUGGCCAGCGCCCUUUCUAAGAGCUUUAAACCAGAGGACCUUUCCUGGGCCAAUUUUUGUUUUUACUUUUCUUUUUCUGGGGAAAAAAAAUCAACUAUGCAAUUGUAUACACUCCUAGGUGCAUAUGAAGAGGAGGAAUAAGUGUACUUAAGUGUCUGGAGUGUUAACUGGGGCUGUUUUUCUGUAUUUGGAUUUCUCUUGAGGUAUGUACCCACAACCCACCCCGUGGAAUGUAUUCCCCGCGUCGGGUCUGAAGCAGGUACGGGGCUGGGUGUGAUUGCGGGGAGACUCGUGUUUGCCAUAACUGCUGCUGCCGGGUCACGGAGGUCAUCCCAUUUCACCCUGGGUAACAGAGCCGGCGGCCAAGACUGUCCUCUUCAUUGGAACUGCUCAGUUUAGAAAGAUUCCUUUCUGGACAAACUUGAAAGUCACUCACUUUCCGAAUAUGAUAGUCCGUUGAUUGAAUCAUUUCCCAUGACUGUUAGGCUUUUAUUUGAAAAUAGGCUGGUUCCAAACGGGGAGAUGUGUGUGUUUCUGGGCAGGGCUGGGACUCCUGUGAGACAAGCACUCCCCUCAGGUACUGAAGUCGAGGGGGUGCUGAAAAACUCCGUAAUCAAGAUAAAGGCUGUUUUGAUGGAAUAUUCUAAAAAUGCAAAAAAUCCUUGAAUAAAAAACAGACUGGGUGAGGGAGGUAACGCUGAAUCAAGUAUGGGGUCGAAUCCUGAAUGGAAAUUUUUGAUACUUUAUUACGGAAUUUAAAAAAGUUUAAUUUUCAAAAAAUGCUGCACUGAAUACUAUCAUGGCUACUGGGUUUUUGGCACCCCUUAAAUUUUGUGCCCAAAGAGUUGUCUUGCUUACCUCACGUUGGUUUUGGUGUUAGAAUAACUCAAUACAAGCAGCUGGUGAACGUCCUUCCCUAGAGAGUGUCCUGGUGCUGGUGGCACAGCUCCAGCCCCGUGGCUCCGCCGCCCUUACCCCCUUACCGAGAGGAGGGGAAACAGACCCGGGGUUUUCCCAGAGAGUAAACCCAGGAAUGUUUUGAUGCUCCACUGGACCGCUGUGCUUGGAUUUGAUCUGCUAGUAGAUGCUAGUUAAUACUUUUGUUUUUUAAAAACAGGACAAAUGAACAAAGCCCGAAAGCUUGUCAUGUUUGUUUUUGUUUUGAUUUAUAAAUUAACUCAUCCCAGCUCCUUUUGCCUUCUUUUAAAAUAAAAACGCUGGAAAUCCUGGGGGGCGUCCUCGGGGUGGGAAGUAUGGUAAACCAUGGCUUCAUUCAGGCCCUGUGUUUAGGGGCCCCGCCAUCCUGAGGACCAGGGACCAGAGUGGACGGGUGUGUUUCUAUAAGGGAAGUGAAAUUUUUCUGCUUGCUUUUGAGGGGGCAGGAGGUUGGGCGGGAUGGGGCCCGGGUAAAGGGGCGGUUCCUGGAAAGGGAACGCAGACUUGGGUGUGCUGCCGGGGAAGGGGCGGGUGGGAGAGGCGGCCCGAGGCUGAGGCGGGAGGCAGGUACUGGGCGCUCCAAGGGCGGAGAUGCCUUCGUUGAAGGUGUGGGGUGUGGGUGAGGGCGCGAGCUGGACCCCUUCACCCUAGUGAGGGGUGAUAGCGUCUCAGGCUGAAACAAGUGCACUUAGUUCCUUCUAUCCAGGGCAUGGGGGCACCUACUUGUUUUUAUUGAGGGGAAAUAUUCAGGGUUGUGUCUGCCCCUCUAGGUGAGGCCGCCGCCCUCCCCCGCCCCCACCCCAGCCCCGCGGUCCCCUCGGCCGGUGCCGGGUUUAUUGCGUUACAGGUUUAGCCGAACAGUCACAGCCUUUGCCUCAGUGGUUUCUGUCAAAAAA